UCUAUAUAUGUUGUGUUUCAAAGAUCCUGGGUUUCGCAUACCAUUUACGCGGAAAAUAUUUCAACUGUCCCAAUUCCUUACAGGAACGAACUUCCCUGACCAGUGUUCUAAGCCACUGGAAAUUAUCGCAAAAUGACCAUCGAUCUGAUCCCAGAAAGUGUGAAAAAGUUUUGGAACGAGUGGAUCAUCCAAAGCUUCCUCAUCUUGAGCUUCUCACUUCAGAUGUUUCUAGUAAUUUUUGCUCCGUUUCGGAAGAAAACCUCAAAUAAGUGGAUCUCCUUCCUAAUCUGGUCGGGUUAUUUACUUGCAGAAUGGGCCGCUACAUUUGCAAUUGGACUCAUUUUCAGAAGUCAAGGCGAUAAUGAUUCUGCUUUUGCUGAUGCUGGGAGUCUUAUGGCAUUCUGGUCUUCUUUUCUGCUGUUACACCUCGGAGGUCCCGACACUAUCACCGCGUUUGCACUCGCAGAUAAUGUUCUGUGGGUCAGGCACUUGCUUGGACUUGUAGUCCAUCUCUCUGCUGCUGUCUAUGUCUUCCUUUGCGCCCUCCCGAAGGACAAGCUAAUGGUGCCAACCAUCCUCAUGCUUAUUGCCGGUGUUAUCAAGUAUCUGGAGAGGGUAAGAGCCCUCUUUCUGGCAAGCCUGGAUAAACUUCAAGAAUCUGAUGAACCUCGGCAACAUCGUACACUUCGGUCUCAGAUCGCAUUAUCUACUAAGCGCGUUCCUCUUGAGGAGGAGAAGUUGAUAUGGACUUCGUAUAACUACUUUAAGGUCUUUCAGGGGCUCAUCGUCGAUCUGUACUUGGCCUGGUCUAAGAGGAGGCAGAGCAGAAAGUUUUUCCGAUCCACAACUGCAGAAUAUGCACUAAGAGUAAUAUUAACGGAGCUAAACUUCAUGUAUGAAGUGUUGUACACCAAAGUCGUUGUGGUACGUUCUAAGCUUGGUUAUUUACUUAGGGCCAUAUCCUUCAGUAUCGUCAUUUGUGCUCUUGCACUCUUUGUUCGUGUGGAAAAGCAUAGAUUCCAUCAUGUUGAUGUGCUAGUUACAUACAUCUUGCUCUUUGGGGCUGCUGCUCUUGAGGUAACGUCUCUGUUAAUGUUGAUCUUCUCCGAGUGGACCCUUGUUAGUAUCCUAAAGAGGAUAGAGCACAGAAACAUGAUAAAGGAAAGAAAGAGCGAUUCAGUUCUCGACCACUACUUUAGUCGACUUGACCACUACUUUAGCCGAAUCCUUAGUUGUGUCCUUAGCCUGAAAAAGCCAACCUGGUCGAAACAUGGCAUUGGCCCUGAUGAUGUCAAGUACGAGUUUGGUACACGGGUGGUGUUUCGACGUUGGUCUGAAUCCAUCUCGGGUUGCAAUCUCAUCAGCUACUCGAUGAGUCAACGUCCUGCAAGGAAAAUUCGCAAGUCAUGUUGGGGAUGCUCCAGCCUCUUUACUGUUCCCCUUCCCCGCCGGCUUCUCUUUUGUUUCCCGAAGGUUAAAUUCGAUUGCUGGAUUUUUAUUGGGAAAUGCAUUCAGUGCCUGGGUCUAGGACAUAUCCUUGAUAAAAUGGCAUAUGCUUCGGAGAACCCCUUUGACAAGGAGUUGUGGGAUUUCAUAUUCAGCGAGCUGAAACGGAAAUCCUCGUUUGUACACCAGCCAGAGCAAAUCAGGAUCAUAUCUGACGCUAGAGGUUGUUGGGUCCUUGAUCGUGAAUCAGAAGAUUGCAGCAGUAAACUAAAACCUUAUGUCCAGAAUUUUGAGUUUGGCAAGUCUCUGCUUGCGUGGCAUGUCGCCACCGAGCUCUUCUAUAAUACGGAUUCUUCUAAUGAUGGAAGCAGCAGCAGCAGCUCCGCAUCCGCUGGACUCAACAAGCAGCGCGAAUUUAGCAAGGCCCUGUCGGAUUACAUGCUGUACCUUAUGUUGAUGCAGCCUACCAUGACGUCUGCUGUAAGGGGAAAUUUCUCGAGAAUGUUCGACGAAACCGUGGCAGACGCCAAGAAAGGGCGACCGCCAAAAGGGGAACGGGAAAGCCAAAGACCCUACGAAAGUUACCUAACAGUGAUCGAUAAAGACCCGACAGAAGUUGAACGGGAAAGCAAAAGAUUACUCGAGGAUUCUCCACUAGUGGAGGUAUAUGAGAAUAAGGCCGUAUCUGCGCUGUGGGAUGCGCAGCAGUUGGCCAGAGAGCUGAAGAAGCUGGUGAGGGAGGACAGGUGGAGGAUAAUGAGUCGGGUUUGGGUGGAAAUGAUGUCGUAUGCAGCGAUCCAUUGCAGAGCGGCUGCUCAUGCCCAGGCGCUGAGUAAAGGCGGGGAGCUUCUAUCUUUGGUCUGGAUGUUGCUGGCUCAUUUGGGCAUCGGAGAGCGAUUUGAACCAUCGGAAUAUUAUGAUUAUUAUGAUUCAUUUUUUAUUGUGUGAACUCAACGCUCUUUUUAUUGAUAUAUGUUUGUAUGUAUUCAGCAAAUAAAAUAAAUUUAAAUAUAUAUUUUAAUGAUUUGUAAUUUCGUAAUAAUGCUAUAACAUUGCAAAUAAAAGCGGGAUUGAUUGAUUUAUUGAU